UCUCCCAUACAAGCGCACCGCUCCGAAAGCAAUCACGUGAAUACUGUAAUGGUGGAGAAGAGAAGAUCUGCUGCCGUUGGUGUUCUUGCCUGAGAGCUGCCUGCGUUCGAUAGGAUUUCCCGUGUUCGUGCUGUCCGGAUUUGUUGCCAUCGUACACCGCGGUUCCUUGGGACACUAGGAUUUGUUCGGUUGCAUUCCGGGACCAUCUCGACCGCGUACACACAGAGCACCAGUCCGUGGUUGAACAGUUUGCAUAGAAAAGGGUGUUGCCCUCGAUAGAAUGUCCAUAAUGACGGAAUACUGGUUAAUAUCUGCACCGGGCGACAAGACCUGCCAGCAGACCUGGGAAACGAUGAACAAUGUUACCAGCAAGCAGAACAACCUUUGUGAAAACUUCAAGUUUCACAUUCCGGACCUGAAGGUGGGAACCCUCGAUCAGCUGGUCGGGCUGUCCGACGAUUUGGGCAAGCUGGAUGGCUAUGUUGAGCAGACGACGCGCAAGAUUGCCGCCUACCUGGGCGAUGUGCUGGAAGAUCAGCGCGACAAGCUGUACGAGAACUUGCAGGCCAACAACAAUGACUUGGCAUUGUACAUCACCCGGUUCCAGUGGGAUUUGGCCAAGUAUCCGACAAAGCAAUCGCUGCGUAACAUUGCUGACAUUAUCUCCAAACAAGUCGGACAAAUCGAUGCUGAUCUGAAGACGAAAUCGGCCGCAUACAACAACCUGAAGGGCAACCUUCAAAAUUUGGAGAAAAAGCAAACUGGCAGUCUGUUGACGCGCAAUUUGGCCGAUCUGGUGAAGAAGGAACACUUCAUACUGGAUUCGGAAUACUUGACCACGUUGCUCGUCAUCGUUCCGAAGGCCAACAUGGGCGAUUGGAAUGCACACUAUGAAAAGAUCACGGACAUGAUCGUGCCCCGUUCGUCGCAGACGAUCACACAGGAUGCGGAUUAUGCACUCUGCACGGUAACGCUGUUCAAGAAGGUGGUGGACGAGUUUAAGCUGCACGCCCGUGAGCGUAAGUUUGUCGUGCGUGAGUUCGUUUACAAUGAGGAAGAGUUGGCCGCAGGCAAGAACGAAAUCACGAAGCUGGUUACAGAUAAGAAGAAGCAGUUUGGUCCGCUGGUUAGAUGGUUGAAGGUCAACUUUAGCGAGUGCUUCUGUGCCUGGGUGCACGUUAAGGCGCUGCGUGUGUUCGUCGAAUCAGUACUGAGAUACGGACUGCCAGUCAAUUUCCAAGCGAUCCUGAUUCACCCGAACAAGAAGAGCACAAAGCGUUUGCGCGACGUACUUCAGCAGCUGUACAGUCAUCUCGAUGGCUCGGCGGGCUCUUCCGGUGGAAAUGCGGAUAACGUCGAUAUUCCUGGACUCGGUUUCGGACAGUCAGAAUACUUCCCGUACGUGUACUAUAAGCUUAACAUCGAUAUGGUCGAAACGAAGGUUUAAACACAACGGGAGUGUAUCUGAGGGCAGCAAAAUUGUCCUCUCGUUUUGCAAUCCAACCUUAUCGUGUUUCCUUUCCCCCUGUUUUGCACCCCUACAUUGCCGUACAUUGUGCUGUUCAUGUUUUCCUCUGUUUGGCUCUUUGUCUCUUUGUUAUCUUGUAUGAUGUUAAGCAACUUUUCAUAGUCCUUUGCUCGCGCACAAACUGUUUUUUUAAUGCUUUUGUUUUUCCUCUUGAAGAGCAAAACAAUAUCCCUUCCAAUCUCCUCUAUACCCAGGAUCCCUCAUUUGUAUUCUAAAUUGAUCCGUGUUAUUAUGUUGAUUAUUUUAUUGAUGAGUUUUUAUUGAUUAUUGCUUAAUAGUGCAACAGAACGUGAAGCUACUAGCGUACGCUUAUCGUUCGCGUGCCCGCCUUAUUUCAAUCUAUUGUAUUAUCCUUUUGUUUCCCCGUUCGGCCGUUCGUGUUUAUUUAGCUGUAUGUAAAACGUGCAUAGUUAAGCAAUGUUACAGACAAAACGAUCAAAAUGAAUGUUGUAAGAUCCAUUUACGAAAGGGUUCGUAUCAGGUGCUUCUACCGUGUAUGAACAAGUGCUCGGUAUCCGACUAAACAGGCAAGAAGAAGAAAAAGAAAACAACAACUAAACAUCCCAAACGUUGGCUGGUUUGGCGUACGGAACGGUAAGGAACACGCACACAAACCAACAUCCUUUUGUUUACCGUUCCCAGUUACGAUAGCGUUGCGUGCGAGGAUACAAUCGAAAGCGAAAGCUUCCUCAAAAUCAGCGAUUUGACUAACAAUAUGUUCAAAGUAUUAUCUCGUGUCACAAUCAAUUUGCCAACCGUCAUCGAGCAAAUCCUAUAAUAGUAUGGUGCCGUGCCGUUAAAAUGCAAAUUAAAUCGUUUUGUUUUACGUAUGUCGUGUUGUUGCUCCCAGUUACAUGUCCGUGAAUGUGUACAUACAGUCGCAUUGGUGCUGCAUUGUAUUGAAUUCAUGCACUGUCGAACAUCGCUAUUGCGAGUGCAUUGAAUAGAGCGUUUCAUUCUCCAUUAUCACCGAUCCUUGCAAACGUCCACCUUUCACGCACAUGAUUGGUGGUAUGGUAUGGCAGACAGAACAAUAAUAAUCGCGCAGUUGAUGCAUACCGUAAGGACGUAUCCUUGCGAAAUUAAAGCCCCCCCUCCGUCAUUAGUACUGGCCGAGAAAGAAUGGGUACUUUGAGGGAAGGUUGCGGAUUGUGUUGCUAAUAUCUUGUUACUUGAAUGUGCAAAUUCUAUAAACUAUUCCAUAAGUGAAGCCCGCAUGAAGGAGUACCCUUAUUCCAAAUGAGUAUCGUAAUUGAAACCGAGUGUAAAGACGCUUGCAUAGUAGCUAUGGUAAACUAUAUUUACAUGCCAAGGGGAUUCGAGGCAGUUGUGCAACAGGCACAUAGAGCAACAACAAAAAACAGAAAACUAUCCCGGAUUGGAUUACACUGCAAGCAAGAUAGUGUUUUGUUAUCGUAUAUUAUAUUUCGUGUAAAUAAAACGUAGUUCCAGGUAGAAACUGUAGACUGUAAAACAAACCGGAACACAACAGUCCAAUGGAAAAGCGCAUAAUAAUGGAACAAUUACAAAACCCAAUAAUAAUGAUGAAUGAUGAUGAUGAAGAUGAUGAUAGGAACAUUCCAAGCGAAAUAA